AUGUUCCACAAGCCCCGGCGGGCCACAGCGUCAGGCUGCUGGACUGACUCUGUGUCCAGCCUGUGCGGAGAGGCCCGGACACCCGAGCUGCUCGGCAUCUCCUCCAUCUCUCCACUUCCCUACAAAGCAGACGCACCUUUCACCUUUGGCUCAGGAAUCUCCUGGUGCCACGGCUCUCAGUUCUGCCCUGCGCCCAACAGGAGGACACAGUUCAGCAGGUUCCUGGCUGCUGUGACAAGCACCGCCCCAUCUGGCGCCCUGACACGCUGCAGCCCUGGAGAAGCCCUCUCCUAUCCCCCACAUGGCCGAGGAGACCGCAAGAGCACAAAGGAGCCCAGUGUGGGGGCAGCGGCCUGGAGGUACAGGAACUUCGCACUCACCAGACCGCUCCCAGAGUCAGCCCAGGGCCCCCAUGUGACCAUCACCCAGCGCUUUGCUGGGAUGGAAGAAGGGUUGGCAGCCCUGAGACGGUCACAGCUGUGUGGACAUGUGAUUGCAGGCAUUUCCCGGCCUCUCCGGGUGCUUUCCAGCUUGGCCAUCUGGACCGUCCUAGGUGUCAUGUCCCCCAGGCCUGUCCUACAUGUCAUAUCCCCAGGACCCUUCCACCUCAUGGCUGCCCGGCCAUCUGGAGCGUCUCGGCCUGCGGCCCCCAGCCUCAUCCUGCUCCUGCUCCUCCUGCCACCUACCUGGGUUGCAGUCAAUGCCCACAGAUGCCCCAAGAGCGAGGGUGUCUCCUUGAACCGCGACAUGGCCUGUGGUCAUCGUUACAUACAGGGGAAGAUUGUGGGGGGCAUGGAUGUCCCCGAGAGGAAGUGGCCAUGGCAGGUCAGCGUGCACUAUGCAGGCAUACACAUCUGCGGAGGGUCCAUCAUCAAUGAGUACUGGAUCCUGUCAGCAGCCCACUGCUUCCAGAAAGAGAAGAGCACUGAGGCAUUUGAUAUGUACGUGGGCCUUGUCGACCUCAAUGUUGCAGGCAGUCACACCCAGUGGUUUGAAGUGAACAAGGUGAUCAUUCACCCUACGUAUGAACUGUACCACCCUGUUGGAGGUGACAUUGCCCUGGUGCAGCUGAAAUCUCGCAUUGUGUUUUCUGACUCUGUGCUCCCCGUCUGCAUCGCACCCCCAGAUGUGAACCUUCAGAAUGUUGUUUGCUGGGCUACAGGAUGGGGAGUCAUCUCCCAAAAAGGCCACACCUCAGACAAGCUGCAGGAGGCACAGAUGCCCCUGAUCUCACUGCUCCUGUGCCAGAUGCUCUACGGAGGCCCGUCAUAUAUCAUGAGUGACAUGCUGUGUGCCGGGGACAUCAGGAACGUGAAGACCGUGUGCGAGGGUGACUCUGGGGGCCCACUCGUCUGUGAAUUCAACCACACCUGGCUGCAGGUUGGAGUUGUGAGCUGGGGCCGUGGCUGCACAUACCCAAUGUUUCCUGCCGUGUAUGCCCGGGUCUCCUACUUCUCAGAAUGGAUCCAUUAUCACGUGGAGCACACACCCCUCCCUCUUCAGCCGCUCCCCACCCGCUCCUCCAUGCUGGCGGCCACCCUCAGUGCCCCUGUGACCAUGCUGGCUUUCCUGUUAACCUUGUGAAGGCCCCCUUGCCUUCUCAUGCUCACGUUGCAGGCCUCAGUCCCUGCCCAGCUCAGACCCUCUGGUCUCCGUACACCUGAGCAAGGUGAGGGCCAUCGGCCAGGCCCCCAUGUGGGUCUGCAGGUCUCACCGCAGAAGGGCUGAGACGUGGUAAGAUAUUAAAUGUUUAACAAGCGA